UCUUUAGGAUAAAUACCAAGGAGUAGGAUAGCUGGGUCAUAUGGUGAUUCCAUUCUUAGAUUUUGGCCAAUCUCCACACUACUUGCCUGGGUAGUUGUACGAAUUUGCAGUCCAACAACAAUGUAUGAGUGUACAUUUUCUCUCACAAACAGAAGCUAGAGCAAAAUAGGGAAAAAAGGGGAAAUCCUGUGAAAGUAGAAGGGAGUUCACUGGAGUAGAGGAAGAGGAUAGAGGAAGAGGGUGGAGGGACGGGAAAAGGAAGAACCAUGGAAUGAAACUGACCAAAUGAUGGUGUGCACAUAUAUGAGUACACCACAGUGAAUUUCAUCUUAAUGUAUAUCUAUAAAUCACCAGUUAAAAACAAUAACUAAAUAGAAGGAAGACCCAUAGAGUAGAGGAAGGGGAAUGGGAGAUGGGGAGGAAAUGAGAAAGUAAUGGGGACUAAAAUGAAGCAAAUUAUAUUUCAUGCAUAUGUAGGUUUAUCAAAGUAAAUCCUACUACUAUGUAUAACUAGUGCAUGAAUAAAAAUAUUUUAAAGAGCAAAUGGAAAAUUUGCAUUAUAUUUAAGUAACUUGUACUCAUUUAUAGGUAGAAAAUAAAGCCAUGCUUACAUUGGGCUGUCUGACCAUGGACACAGGGCAUCAUGCAGGAGAAUCCUGGCAGGCUGUCCCAUCAACAAGCCAAUCAGCCAUUUCUCUUACCAGCAGAAAGAGAGCCUUUCCCACUGUGUUAUUUCUUUUGAGAUUCCUGAGGAUCACAGGAUAACACAGAAGUGGGGGUGCCUGCUGCAUGCACUAUGGAAGAACAGCCACAGGUCACAGUAGGGGAUACUCAUGAUCAUUCAGCACAGAUCUCUGUCUUGUACCCACUCUGGAACGUCCUUACAGCUGACUACAUGGUCGUCCAUGCUUGUAAAUAGCCCACUCAAUCUCAAAAGAUCACCUUAUGUCAGGUCUUGAUUUUAUUCUUAUUCACAGAACUGGGAAGACUUUAAAAAUAUAACUUGAAUUGUACCUGUGGUUAAGACCUCUGCUAAAGACUUUCUGUCAGCUGGGAAAUAAUGAAACAUUUAGUGGACUCAAUUCAGAGUCUAAGCAUUUAUUUUUUAAUCUUUCUACUGUACUUAUCAUUUCUGAGCUAUAUGGGAAGUUGUUGGUAUCUGAGACUCAGUAUUGUUAUCUGAGUUAAUUUCUAGUUGAGAUAACUCCAAUGAGGAAGGAUUAAAUAGAUAUAGGGCCUCUGUAGGUGAUAAAUGUGUGAUGCAUAUAUAAAUUUAGGGAAAAAUAAAUGUGUUAUUACUAAUGAUAAAUUUAUUCUUCAUGCUACUCAGCUAAAACAUCAGCCACCUGAUGUUGCUGUUUUCCUGUUUCUUUAUGGGAUAUUUUAUUUUCAGUCCUACAGAUGUAUAUGCUCUGUAUUUGGGAAGAAAAAAAUCUCCCUUUCUCAUUUUGAAUUAUCCAGAGCCUAUGCUUUGCUUGGCAUGAGGAGUCACAACAUCUAAAUAUUGCAAAUCAAAGAAAUUAGUCCCAAGGUCUUAGAACAAAACAAGAUAUAUUGAACUGCCUCUUAAUUUCUUUUUAUUAAAAUUGUUUUUUUAAUUAAAAAAAAUUUUUUUUAAUAAAAAGGAAGCUUACUACCUUCCCCCAUUUUUCCUUAAAGAGUAGACUGCAUUUUACUUGUUUCCUCCACUGCUGCUGGACUUCUGAUGGUGUGGAAGGAAGCGAUGGAUAUUGCAGAAAGCAAUAACCAAGGAGUACAGGAAGAAUGGGUUAUUUGCUACUGAGAAGUAUUGUUGAAGGUGUCCAAUCAAUAUAGAUCCACAAAAUCUUACACGUGUUUCUGAAUUUCAACUUGUGAACCUCUCAGAGGAUCUGGACCUGCAGCCCAUACUCUUUGGCCUGUUCCUGUCCAUGUACCUGGUCACAGUGCUUGGGAAUCUGCUCAUCAUCCUGGCUGUCAGCUCUGACUCCCACCUCCACACCCCCAUGUACUUCUUCCUCUGCAACCUGUCCUGGGCUGACAUUGGUUUAACCUCCACCACAGUCUCAAAAAUGAUUGUGAACAUCCAAACUCACAGCAGAGCCAUCUCCUAUGUGGGCUGCCUGACACAGAUGUCUUUUUUUCUCAUUUUUGCAUGUAUGGAUGACAUGCUUCUGACUGUGAUGGCCUAUGACCGGUUUGUGGCCAUCUGUCACCCCCUGCAUUAUCCAAUCAUUAUGAACCCUCGACUCUGUGGCUUCUUAGUUCUGGGGUCUUUUUUUAUUAGCCUUUUUGAAUCACAGCUGCACAAUUUGAUUGCAUUACAGUCUACCACCUUCAAAGAUGUCGAAAUUUCUAAUUUCUUCUGUGAUCCCUCUCAAGUCCUCAGUCUUUCCUGUUGGGACUCCUUCACCAAUAACCUAGUCAUGUAUCUUGUUGGAGCCAUAUAUGGCUUUUUCCCCCUCUUAGGGAUCCUUUUCUCAUAUUAUAAAAUUGUUUCCUCCAUUCUGAAGAUCCCAUCCUCAGGUGGGAAGUACAAAGCCUUCUCCACCUGUGGGUCUCACCUGGCAGUUGUUUGUUUGUUUUAUGGAACGGCAAUUGGAGUGUACCUUGGUUCAGUUCUGUCUCAUUCUUCUAGAAAGGGUGCGGUGGCCUCAGUGAUGUACACAGCUGUCACUCCUAUGCUGAACCCCUUCAUCUACAGCUUGAGAAACAGGGACAUUAAAAGUGCCCUAAAGAAGCUCCUUAGUAGAAUAGUCUAAUCUCAUUAUCAGUGACAUAUAUUUCAUUUUUAAUUUGGAAAACCAGUGAAGUUUAACGCUGGUACCUGUAAAUCUUGCCUCUUUGGUUACAUUAUUUUGUAAUUUAAUAACUUUACUUUCCUAAGUUUCACAGUGGAAUCGUAGUUAUAAGGGUUGGGAGAAGAAAUUAAUGGAGAGUUUAGAGUUGAGUAUAAAGGUUCAGUUAGGAAAUGAGAAAAAUUUUAGCCCUUUAUGAUGGUGAUAGUUUCCUAACAACUUUAAUUUUAUUAAUGAUAUUGAACUACAAAGUUAAUAAUGACUAAAACUAUACAUUUGAAUAUAUUUCAGCACAAUAGAAAAUGUAAAUUAAUAUUGGACAGAUUUUGAAUUUAUAAAAGGUGAUUAACAUGAAUAUAAAAAGAAAAGAAAACAGCACACACCGAAGGGUGUAGGCAAAAAUUAUGAUUUGGUCUGAGGCACAUUGUAGAAAUCACAUUACUCCAGACUGCAGUGACAUUUGGAAAAUUUAUUCAUCAAUAAACUCAUCUUUUCCAUAGUGAUGGGAUUUUUUAUUUGAAUAAUACCAUGAUGACCCAAUAUUCAUAAAGUUCCACACCACCUGUGGUGCUGUGUUGUGGAGAUGGGUGCUAUUCUCCCAAUUUCCAUUAAGCAGUAUGGGCACAGAGAGGUGGAGAGACUUGCACACAUUCUGCACAUAAUGUCAGGUUAGUGAUACAGGGCUAACAUGUUCACUUUCUGCCUCUCAUCCCUGGUUGCUCUCUUUUCUACUGAAGCCAAUAGAAAUCAUGUUCAUAACACCAGAGGAAAAUUCUUGGUGAUUUAUGGUGGAAUUUUAUUAAUCAAUAGACUGCAGUGAUACUGCCAUAAUAGGUCAUCAGAAUAAGAGGAUGUGAUGGAAAAUGACUGAUUUGUAAAAAGUUUAGACAACAGAUGUAAUGUUUUAUAGUAAAAUUGAAUAUACAAAAUGUUAAAAGUUAAAGAAAUAUCCUCCUACAUAUUAUAUGGAAAUUCCCUUGUGUGGUAUGAAUAGAGGGACAAGAAGUUUUAAAUGAUUGUUGUAAAAAUAAACCGAUAAACUAAAUGAUAUCCUUUCCUCAAAUUAAAUGCUUUGCUCAGUUAUAGCAUUUAUUGUAUAGGUAUGUACUUCAAAAACAGAAUUAAAUACACAUGUUGAAAAAAAUACACAUGUUGAUGUAAACCAGUACAUAUUAGGGGUAAUAGAUAUGUUGUAUAAUACCUAGACAGAUAUUUGUUGGUAAGAUUCUAUAAAAACUGUUUAUGGAUACAUAAAUUAAUUGACAUGGAAACAUUGUGAGGAAAAUCCACUUACAAAAUUUCUUAAACUAUUUUCCUUUGGAGAAGAGGUGUGCAGGAGAAUGAAAUCAUGCAGAGAUACCAAGAACUGAAAUUUCAUUGAUAAUUAUGUAAAUAUUGACAAAAUAUUAGUUUUGAUGCAAAUAUGAAUUAACUUCCACAUUUAAUAUAGGUAUUUGGGCUAGGCAUGGUGGUGCUUGCCUAUAUAUAUAUAUUACAUACAUACAC